AUAAAAUCCUUCCUUAAGUCUCUGUUUCGAUCAGAAAAGCAAAAAUGGCUGAAGGAAGAAGCAUUGGUGCAUCAAUGGUAUUGUUGUGUGUGUUGGUGCUUUAUUCUGAGAUGGUUUAUGCAGAAACCUACGUGGUUGGGGAUGCAGCUGGUUGGACCUUUAAUAGCAGUCAUUGGCCUGAUGGAACGAGUUUUAAGGCUGGAGAUGUACUAGAAUUCCAUUAUCCUCCAUUGAUGCACGACGUGGUGCAAGUGGACGAGUUAGGAUACAACACAUGCUUUCCUGUAUUAGGAAGAUCAACUUUUCAUUUUUCAGGAAAUGAUCGCAUCGUGCUUUCUUCAGGAACCAACUACUUCAUCUGCGCCGUUCCUUUUCACUGUCAAGAAGGAAUGAAAAUUGCCGUCAAUGCUGCAUGAUAUUAUAAUAAGUACUUAUAGUUAUCUAUGUAUUUUAAUUUUGCUAAGCAUUUGCACACCUCUCUUUUAUAUUUUAAAAUUACCCCUCUUUUUUUAACACCUUGAAUGAAGAUACAUAUCAUUCAUUUUAGAUGAUUGCUAUAAAAAAAAAAGGUGAAAAAAUAUGUGCCAAUUUAUGUUUAACAAGGAUCACUUCUGUCUAAAUA